AUUAUUUAACGCAGUUUUAGCCCGAUAAGAAUCUAUUUCGGUCCCGAUAUCUCCAUGAUGCAACUACAGUUAGUCGCGUCGAAAUCCUGCAGUUUGAGAGCCUGCAGGUCACAAACCUUCCGUUAGUUGCGACAGGUGCUAAUGUACGCUCUUCGCCAAAAACGCCGUCCUCAGUCAAUCCUCGCCACGGCUCCGGUGCACACCAUGCUGACCCCAACUCUCCUCCUGGUCGCCGCCGCAGCGGCGCUCUCCUCGCCGGUCCCGAAGGUCCUCUACGACCAGCGGCAAGAGGGUGAGUGGAACGUCCACGCGGAUUUGAGGAACUUCGUCAUUAUGGUCAUCCCGGCACAAGCCUCCUCGAGCACGCCGGCCACCGGCGGCUUACUCGACUUCUUCGUCAAGUCCUUGCCGAAGCGAUCGCAGCUCAAGAACCUGGAGAAGAAGGCGGUGCCGGGGGAAGAAACCCUGCAUUUCAUCGAGUCCAAAACCGCCCCCUACCAUGUGGACAUCAGCAGAAGCAAAAGCCAGUUGGCGAGACUCCAUCCGGACGUCCCAGCGGUGGUCAACGCUGAAGAAAUCGUAAUCGCGAAAUCACCCACGAUUGAGUUGGUCAAGGACGAAAACCCGCACCCGAGAAUUGCCAGAGCCUUUCUACUGACAGUACCACAGGACGAGGACUUCGACCGGAAAAAGGACGGGAAGAAGAAGAAGGAAAUUUCAAAGUCGGUUUUGAAACUGUUGGGGGCCGAAAAUGACGAGGAGUGCGGGCCUGGCCUUGCCAGGGACUCCGAAGGAGUCUGCAGAACGAUCAAGCAAUAACUACCCUAUUUCCUAUCACAUGUAUUUAUUUUUUUAUAAAUAAAAUUUUUGUAAUUAAAA